AUGCAGCAGCAAGAAAAGGAAAAGAACCAAUUCAAUACCCAAAUGAAUGAACUCGUUCAUGCAUUUGAUAACCUAAAACAGACAACAACUAAUACUAUCAUUGCUAUUACAAAUUCAGAACUUAAAAUAACGGAUGAAGAGACUCCAGAGAAAUUAAAGGCCAAACAAGCACUUGACACAGAUGUCGAGAAUCUCCACCUUGCAGUUUCUAAUUUCUUUGGCGAUUGUGAUAAGCAAAAACAAAAAAUUGAAGCAAUUAUCGCAACAAAUGUAGAUUUCUCGGAAUUUAACUCAAUCGCAGAUCAACUUAUGACAUUAUAG